AUGUCCGACCUCCCACUGAGAGGUCAGGGCACGAGGCCCCCCAGGGCGGUUCCUAGGAGCCGUCGUGGAGGGGACUCGGGCUCCGCCCCACCAGCAAUACCACCAUUGGUCGCUGGCUCAUCGUCUUUUGGCGGUGAUGCCUCGCCAAUCUCGCUGGACCCUACCUCGACUAGGGCCACAUACUCGACGGUCGUGCCAGCUCGAUCUCGCCACACGUCGCCCUGCCGCAGGUCCCGUUCCACCACGGGUUCUGCCCAUUCAUCUGCAGAUGAGUCUGACUCAGGGACGGCCCACCCCCAGGAGAUGGAGGUUGAGGGCACCCAGGGAGGGGAGGAGGUCUCGAGGGACCCCUCUGUCGACCUUCUUCUAGACUGGGUUCUGCGGGCCGCGCACCACAAUCCGCUCACCAUCGAUGGGGGCGAUGCCUUUGUGGCCCAGAUGAUGUCCUUCGUGAACGCCGUCAUGGCCACCGACUUUAGUCAUAUUCGCGGACCAGGCGAACUCGACAACUUUUCGCUCGCCUCUCUCCUUGAGGCCGAGACGUCUUCCAAGGACGAGCCAACCAUCCACCCGGCUCCCGUAUUCAGGCCUCCUCCUCCUGCUGCCCAUGGGCCGCUCGAUGAGGGUGUCGCUGGCAUAGGGGCUCCACCCGACGUCCUCAUGCAGGCAUUGGACGACCUUGGUUGCCCAUCCUCCCCAUCUUGCAUCCCCGCUUCCAAGAAGCGCAAGGGUGUCGAUCGUCCUGUCCCACCUCCUCCACAGAAGAAGAGCAAGGUGGCCUACUCUCACCCUGGUCCGCCUCCGCCGAUCAACCGCGCUACUAAACCCAAGCCCCGUCCAACAACGUGGGCAGGGAUUGCACGACAGGCCGCUCCGAUGCCUCCCCCGCCUCCUGGCUUGGGACCGCAGCGUCGCGGGCCUUCUCCUCCUCCCCCUGCAUUCCCAACGGGCCCGAUGAAGACUUCACCUCAUCGGUCCGUUCCCUCUUUUACUUCCGAGGGCCCCACCCGGAAGCAGGUUCUUGUGUCGUUCGGGGGCACCCCUCCUGAUCUCACGAAAUUCUUCACCGAGUCGGCUGUUUGUGCAGCCAACGGGUACCUAAGGGAUGGUCGAUCUAUGUUAAAGGUCACCUCCAUCGUCUGUGCCUACGACGGUUUGUCGUUGGUCACUCCCGCUGUUGCCAGUCCGUCCGACCUGGACGUACUGCGUAACUUUAUUUGCGAAAGCCUCCCAAAGGGUACUCCGUUCGAGGUUGCGCUCCCAUUGUCGACAUCUUUUAUAAAGAUCCUCGAUGUUCCCUACUUCGAUCCGAAAGGGUUGAAGAUCACCCAGGAGGCGCUUGAAAAGGCCCUCCGUACCUCGGUUCAUGCUGAGGUUUUCGCAUAUCUGAGCACCAAGCCUCGGAUCGACCGCAACUCGGCGCACUCGACAUCGUGCACCGUCUACUGCAACGUCUGGGACUCCCAGCAGGGAACCCGUGCCAAGAAGGCCUUAGGCCAACCGAUCUUCCUUGCUGGACAGUCCUGCGCAAUCAGGCCCGCCGCACGACACACCGGGGUCCCGCUAUGCCAGCGCUGCUGGAAGUGGGGCCACCCCACCGUCACCUGCAAGGCGAAACAACUCUCUUGCCCCAUCUGCUCGGGUCCGCACGAGCAGAAGGAGCAUCGUCAACAUGCGGGAUGUUGCAAGGGCAACGCGAAAGCAAAGCCUCCUGUGCCGCCCACCCCUCGCGACCAGCCCUGCCCCCAUAAGGGCCGCUGCGUCAACUGCCAUAAGGACCACGCCGCCAAUUCAGCGUCGUGCAAGUUCUGGGCCCACCGCUACGAUCGUGAAUGGAUCAUGAACGAGUAUCGUCAGACUAAUGUUGGGAAACCUUCAGGAUCUAAAUAG